AUGGACGAAGCAGAUAAAGAGAAAACAGCUUUUGUGUGUCACAGAGGUUUAUUUGAAUUUAAUGUAAUGCCUUUUGGCCUUUGCAAUGCUCCACAAAUAUUUUCAGAACUCAUGAGCACAGUACUAGCAGGGCUAGAAUCAUUUGCUUUGGCUUAUUUAGACGAUAUUUUGAUAUUUUCAGAAACCAUUCAAGAUCAUGAAAAACAUAUUCAAAUUGUAUUUGAACGACUUAAAGAGCAUGGAUUAAAAUUGAAAGCCAAAAAGUGCAGUUUUGUUCAAGAGAAAACGCAGUAUUUGGGGUUCAUAAUUGAUAAAGAAGGAAUAAGACCUGAUCCAAAUAAAGUAGCUGCAAUUCGCACUUUACCUUCACCGAGUACUGUAAAAGAAAUUCGCAGUUUUAUCGGUAUCGCCGGAUACAAUUGUCAAAUAGAAUAUAUUCCGGGAACUGAAAAUACUUGCGCAGAUUUGCUAUCUAGAACACCACAAACAAAUGCGUUAAUCCCAUCUGAAAAUGAAAUCAAAAAUGAACAGAAUGAACCGGAUGUGCACGAGAACUCUUUAGAAAUCAAUUUCAUCAAUUCAAACGCGAUAAAUCCCAAAGAUUAUGUACGUUAUGACAUAGAUGAGCCUGACAUUCCGUUUAAACCUCAAAUCAAAUUAAGUGAAAACACCGAAGUAAAUGUAGCUGAAGAACAAUCUAAAGAUUCUGAAAUAAUUCGCAUUGUCCGUCAAUUGCAACAAGGCACGGCAAAGAAAUCAUUAAGUGAUAAACAUCUCAUUAUUGAUGAAGUCUUGUAUUAUCUGUCGAAUGCCGAUAACGAUCCGAUCAUAAGACUCUAUGUGCCAGCGCAUUAUCGAUUACCUGUAAUUAAACAGUAUCACGAUGAUAAUGGUCAUUUAGGAAUCGACAAAACAUUUGAUGCGAUCAGACAAAAGUAUUACUGGCCUAAUUUGUAUAAAGAGUUGUAUGACUAUGUCGGUAAAUGUGUAAAGUGCGCUACACGAAACCUUAAAAAAAUAAAGCCGACUAUUCAAGAAACAGAUGUUCCGCCAUUUCCAUUUGCGAAAAUUGGUUUAGAUUUAUCGGGUCCGUAUCCGACAUCAUUAUCGGGAAACAAAUAUAUUGUCGGAUUUGUGGAUCUUUACUCUGGCUGGCCUGAAGCUUUUGCAGUCCCAGACAAAACCGCCGAAACUAUCGCUCAUUUGAUCAUUGAGGAAAUAUUUCCAAGGUUUGGUGCUCCCUUAGAAAUUAUAACUGACAAUGGCACGGAAAAUGAAAAUAAGGUAGUUAGAGAAACGUUGAAAGAAUUAAACAUCUCGCAUGUAAAAACAUCAUAUUACCAUCCUCAAAGUAAUGCAAAAGUUGAAAGAUUCCAUCGAACACUUCAUGAUGUAUUGGCUAAAAAGUUAGAAGACAAUUUAACAACUUGGGAUAUUUUUCUCAAUCAAACCUUAGCCGCAGUUCGAUUUAACAUCAAUGAAUCUUCAUCUUUCUCUCCAUUUUAUUUACUUUAUAAUCGAGAUGUAAUUAUGCCAAUAGACAAUAUUCUGCAACCGCGCCGCAGAUAUAUGGGAGAAGAUCCGCAUAAAAUAGCGUUAGAACAACAGCAUAAAUCCUUUACAAUGGUCCAUAGAAUUUUAAAACGAUCUAAACGAAGACAAGCAAAAUAUGCAAACAGAAAUGCGGUAGAUGUAGAACUAAAGAUCGGGGACCCAGUUUAUUAUAAAAAUAAUCAAAGACAGAGCAAGCUUCAAUCUAAAUGGAAACCAUUCUAUAGAAUAAUUGAGCAAAUUUCGCCGGUAACAUUUAAAAUCAAAAGUCAGUUAGAUGGAAAAGUGACGAAAGCGCAUAAAGAAUUACUGCGAUUAGCGAAAAUCGAUGAAUGGGAAAUACCCCAAAAUGAUCAAGGAAGACCUCUUCGUAAAGCCGCCUAUGUAAUGCCCCCAGAAUCGGAAUCAGAUGAUAAUAAAUCAGACAAUAACGUCUCUACGAACCAAGAGGUCGAAAAUCAAAAUGAAAAUAUAAAAGAUGAAACUAACACCUUAAAUGAUGUUGUAAACCCAAACAGAGAUUACAUGUCAAACAAUGAAUCAGAAAAUGUACCAAUAUCAAUGAGUCAUGAUAGUGUAAGUAGUAAUGACGAAGAAAAUAUACCACUUGCAAAAUUAGCCCAAAGAUAUAGAAGGGAAAGAGAAAACUCUUCUUCUGAAGAUGACAUCCCGUUAUAUGAGCUUUCUAAACGUCUAAAACAAAACAAUAAUGACAGACAAAUGACCGAAUCAGAAAGUGACGAUUCACUUAUGGAUAUUAACGAAUGUCAGAUGAAGCGUAAAAAGACAAUUAAGAAAAAACAUAGAGGAAAUAGAAAUGAUAUUCGAACUCUCUUCAAAACUCUUUCAAAAUUAAUAUAA